UACUGUGUGACCUAAAUGGCACAAAUUAAUCAUCCAAGGUUUGAUUAUUAAACAUAUUCAAAUUAGUUAUUCAGGCAUCAUAUUUCAUAUGUCUGCUUGUUGUAAUGUUUGUUUUGUCUCAUUAUUGCUAGCUUAUUAUUUUUUUUUAUUAUUAUUAUUGCUGCUCUAUUUUUUCUUUAUUUGUAUGCUGUACAGUUUGCUAUUUAUUAGGGUUGAGGUUAAUUUCAUCUUAAUCCUGCAUGUCAAAAAAUAGUAUAGUUUUUCAUGUAGGUUACACUGAUGACUUUAGCUUCAACCCUGCUGUGUAAUAUGUGUACAGGUGUCUUAUGUCAUGCUGAUUGUACUGUCCAUGUUAUGUGAUAUUGUGAUAUUUAUCACCUCAGAAACAACUAGCACUACACAAGCACUUCUUAAACAAAAAAGUAAAAUUCACAUCAAGGAAGAAGAAAAAUUGGAAAUGCCAACCGUAAAGAAAGUAACCAGAAGAUCAAAAGAACACCAGGAAGAUCAUGAAGUUAUAUCAUUGAAAAGUGUUAAUAAGAUUCAGCGUGAAGAACCACCAAAAGAAUCAGGACAACUUCUUCAGAAAGUUGAGAAAUCUGAAAUUGUUGGAGAGGAGAUGGUGUAUUCAAAGGCUGUUACUGAAGUCAAACUCACCAGCAGCUAUGAAGUCACAAAAGAUACUUGGUCAUAUGAAACUGCCACAAAAACAGAGAAAAUAUCAAAGGGGGAGGGAAAGAAGAUAGAACAGCACAAGGAUGUUUGGGAGCAGAAAGGAAUUACUCCCGAAAUAGGAGGAAGAGAUGAAGAAAAUACGGGUAAACAAGGAACUAAAGUUCCAAUGGAAGAGGAACCCAAGAUGCCACAGCCAAGUCUGAAAAGGGUAACCAAGUCAAUAUCUACUGAGAAAGAACAGGAAACUGUAAAAUUAAAACCUGUCGAGAAAUCAGAUAAAGCUGUUGUAGGUCAACAGAAAGACAGCGACAUAGACAGGAGCAAAGAUAGUAUUGGUGUCCAGAAACAUAAAAGACUCAUAAAGGAUGAGCCUGUUUCAAAGAAGAAAAUAGAGGUGACACCUACAGAUCAAACAGCUAAAGAAUCCAUGAUGCCAAAACCUGCUGUGGCUAAAGAUGAAAUCUCCAAAGAACAUGAGAAAUUUCCAAAGAAAGCUAACAGAAUUUUAUCGCAGGAUGUGGAGCCAGAAAUUGUGACUCUGAAACCAUUUUCAAAAGAAUCUCAUGCUGAUGUAACCCCUGAAAAGGUUACUCAGGAACAAAAAGAGAAAAAGCCUGUAGAUAUUAAGCGCCCAGAGAGACCGGAAACACAUCAUAUCCUGAAGGAACCUCACAUCCAGGUAAAAGAACCAGGAAAAAGUGAAAAAACAUUUGAAGAGCCUGAAAAGAUUGAAAAGCUAGAGCCACCCCAUGAUCAUCCCAUGAAGAGUACUACUACUCCAGAAAAGACAACACAGGAAGUUCCCAAGGAAGAGAAGGCAAUAACUAAAAAGCGUGGAAUUAUUCCAAAGGAUGAAGCGAAAAAAGAAGAGGUAUUGUUGAAACCCGUAGAAGGAAAAAUAAUUGCACAGAAAACUCCUUCACCAAAGGUAGAUAAACCUAGUCCUCAAGUCGCUUCACUGACAAAAAAGAGUCCAAAAGAUGAAGAUAAGCCAGCAAUGUCAGAAAAGAUUGGUCUUCCACCAAAAGAAAUGAAGGGAAAAGAACCCGGAGAGCUGAAAAAGACACCUUCACCAAAAGCAGAGAUACCAAAACCUAAACCCACUGAAUCCAUUCCAAUGGAAAGAAAGUCUAGUGUAAAAUCACCCAAGAAGAUUUCACCAAAAGAUUCACUUGAGUCUGUAAUUCUGAAGAAGGUUGCAAAGACAGUUUCCCCCAAAGAAGAAAAGACUACUCAGGAACCUACUUUGAAAACAAGUGAAGUGCCAGUGGUGAAGGAGUUGUCUCCUAGUGUUUUACAUCUACAAAAGAUUCCUACACAGCAAGAGGAGGUAAUUCAUGAACAUGAGCAGGAGGUCGUGAAUGAUGAAGAUGAAGAAACUUGGGGAUGGGAACUUGCUCCUAGGGACAGUUAUGGAUCCGAAACCUUUGAUGACGUUUUGGAGGAUGGGGCCGUUGAAACCCCAGGAAUGGGUGACAAGAAAGGUGAGAUGGUAGCACCAAAAGCUUACCAUUGAUCUCAUGGCUCCCUACAGUCGUUCUAAAUAAUAUCCACUCAACCCAACCUUCAUUAAAACCCUUUAACAAGUGUCUUCUUUGUUCAGUGUCCUUUGAUGUUUGAUGUUUGUCCUUCCCUUGAUUAGUUCGUUCUUUCAUUCUUGAUUUGUUGACCCUCUUCAUAAAAUGUUGUGUGUCUAUCAGUCCUGUUCUGUCAUAAAACUGUUUGUCAGUAUCACUUUCAUUCCUUCAUCUUCAUUUGUCAUUUUCGUUGUAGGUGUCAUUUGUCCUGGGCUGUGUUUUUCAAACUUGCUUUAUUGUCUCAUUAAUCCGUUUACAUAUAUUGUAUAAGAUAUAUAUCAUUUAUCAACCAAACAUUUCAGACCUAUGUUGUUUUACCAUUUCAAGCAAGUCAGUAUAACAUAUUUCAAACAGAUGGAAAACCAAAGGAGGAGCCCGCUCCAGGCAGAGGCAGAGGACUAAGAC